GGAGUCGCUUCCUGUUGUCAGUGGCCGGGAGGCCGCGGCGUCCCAUCCGAGGCUUAGGGGUUGCAGCGGCUGGCACUGCCCCCGCCCCCUCGCUUCUCCCUUCGUGAAAUUGGACAUACAUAGAAGGCCAGGCAGCAUAAGAAAGAAAAGCAACCAGAACAGUUCCUUCCUGUGUGUCGGAACAUUUAAGAAGAGACAACUGUGAAACCUGGGUACCAUGGAAAGGACUUGGCCUCAGCUGGUUGGGACUACAGACUUGAUGGGUGUCAUGUGAGUCUCUUGGGGAGCUGCUGCUGGAGUGGAGAUGCUCUCAGGGGUGGAGAAUGGACUGGACCCCCGGGCUGCCAUCCCGGUCAUCAAGAAGAAGCUAGUGGGCUCCGUGAAGGCGCUGCAGAAGCAAUACGUGUCCUCGGACGCAGUGGUCACGAGCGAAGACGGAGAUGCCAACAGCAUGUGCAGCGCCCUGGAGGCCGUCUUCAUCCACGGCCUGCAUGCCAAGCACAUCCGCGCCGAGGCCGGAGGGAAGAGGAAAAAAGGCGCCCACCAGAAGCCUCUGCCUCAGCCCGUCUUCUGGCCUCUCCUGAAAGCUGUCACCCACAAACACAUCAUCUCAGAGUUGGAGCACCUGAUCUUUGUGAGCACGGACGUCGGCCGCUGCCGGGCCUGGCUGCGGCUGGCCCUCAACGACGGCCUGAUGGAGUGCUACCUGAAGCUGCUGCUACAGGAGCAGGCCCGCCUGUGCGAGUACUACCAGCCCACAGCCCUGCUCCGCGACGCCGAGGAGGGCGAGUUCCUCUUGAGCUUCCUUCAGGGCCUGACGUCCCUGUCCUUUGAGCUCUCCUACAAGUCUGCCAUCCUCAACGAGUGGACGCUCACCCCACUGGCCCUCUCGGGGCUCUGCCCACUGUCAGAGCUCGACCCCCUCACUACCCCUGGAGCUGAACUGCAGCGGAAGGAGUCCCUGGACUCCAUCUCCCAUUCCUCGGGCUCAGAGGACAUCGAGGUCCAGCACUCAGGCCACAAGAUCCGACGGAGCCGGCAGCUCACUGCCUCCUCCCUCAGCCUGGACACGGCCAGUUCAUCCCAGCUUUCCUGCAGCCUCAACUCUGACAGCUGCCUCCUCCAAGAGAAUGGCUCCAAGAGUCCAGACCGUUCCGAGGAGCCCAUGUCCUAUGACUCAGACCUGGGGAUGGCCAAUGCCGAUGACUCGGACAUGUCUCUGCAAGAGGUGUUGUCGGAAUUCAGCAAAGCCCAGGUAAACUCUGUGCCAGCCAAUGAACCGAGCCGAGAAACGGAGGUUCUCACGCUGCAGGCCCCGCUCCCCCUCCCUGGCCUCGACACCAGCACGUCCCUGCACUUGGAGGAACCAGCAAAGCCCCGCCACGCCCAGGCCUCCCCUGGGACUGGAGAUGGGGACCACAAGCAGGAGCCACUUGCCCAGGUGCCUGGCGCCCUGGGCUGGCCGCAGCUGGGCCCUGCCCAAGCUGUCCUUUCAGGGAGCGCUUCAGGCCAGCAGCCUCCUCAUCCGAUGAGAGAUGCCACCAGAGCAGCCAGCCAGGAAAGCGGCCAGCAGAAGCCCCCGGAGGAUGGCGGACCUCGGCUCAGCCUUGCAGUUCCCUCCCCCACCAGUCCGAAAAGCAAGAGCUGGAUCUCAGAAGAUGACUUCUACCGGCCUCCCCGGGAACAGCCCAGAGAGAGUCCUUCUGAUGCCACCACAGCUUCUCCCAGAGGGAUUCCCGAGUCAAGGCCUGGCCUCCUUGUGCAAGAACCAAGACGAAGCUGCUCCAUGGAGGCCUUAGACAAAGCUUGCGCGCCUUCCCCAGGAAGCGAGAGAAGCAGGGCUGCCCCAGCGCCGCCAGAUCACAGGAACUUCAGGGUGGUGCAUCGCCGGCAGAUGGGGCUGUCCAACCCAUUCCGGGGGCUCCUGAAGCUGGGCACGGUGGAGCGGCGGGGGGCCAUGGGCAUCUGGAAGGAACUCUUCUGCGAGCUCUCCCCGCUGGAGUUGCGCCUCUACCUGAGUGGCAAGGAGCGCACCUGCGUGGACACCUGCUCACUGCUGCGCUGCGAGUCUGUGGGGCCGGCCCACAGUGAUGGCCGCUUCGAGCUGCUCUUCUCCGGCAAGAAGCUGACCCUGCGCGCCUCGUCCCGGGAUGAAGCCGAGGACUGGCUAGACCGGGUGCGCGAGGCGCUGCAGAAGUGCCGGCCCCUGCAAGAGGAGGAGUGGGUGACCAUCCAGCACCCGGAGCAGCCCGAGGACCUUCCAGAGGCCUCCCAGGGUGGCCACCCUGCCCCCUCGGACCUGCACUCAGAGGCUGAAACCCCCCAGGGCCUGCAGUUCAACUGGUCCUUCUCCCAGGUGCCUGAGCCUGAUGCUAUCAAAGAGUCCCUUCUCUAUCUGUACACGGACCGCACAUGGAUGCCCUACAUCUUUUCCCUGUCCUUGGAGUCCCUCAAGUGCUUCCGCGUGAGGAACAACGAGAAGAUGUUAAGUGACAGCCACGGAGUCGAGACCAUCCGAGAUAUCCUGCCGGACACGAGCCUCGGGGGCCCAGCCUUCUUCAAAAUCAUUACGGCCAAGGCCAUCCUGAAGCUGCAGGCCGGGAAUGCCGAGGAGGCUGCCCUGUGGAGGGACGUGCUACGCAAGGUCCUGGCGUCUUACCUGGAGACGGCCGAGGAGGCAGUGACCCUGGGCGGCAGUCUGGAUGAAAGCUGUCAGGAGGUGCUGAAGUUCGCCACGCGGGAGAACGGCUUCCUGUUGCAGUACCUGGUGGCCAUCCCCACAGAGAAAGGCCUCGACUCCCAGGGCUGCUUCUGUGCAGGCUGCUCCCGGCAGAUCGGCUUCUCAUUUGUGCGACCCAAGCUCUGUGCCUUCUCUGGCCUCUAUUACUGUGACAUCUGCCAUCAAGACGAUGCCUCAGUGAUCCCGGCCAGGAUCAUCCACAACUGGGACCUCACCAAGCGCCUGGUCUGCAGGCAGGCCCUGAAGUUCCUGACACAGAUCCGGGCCCAGCCCCUCAUCAACCUGCAGCUGGUGAAUGCGUCGCUGUACGAGCACGUGGAGCAGAUGCGCCUCAUCGGGAGGAGCCGGGAGCAGCUGAAGCUGCUGGGGGACUACCUGGGCCUGUGCCGGAGCGGAGCCCUGAAGGAGCUGAGCAAGAGGCUCAACCACAGGAAUUAUCUCUUGGAGUCGCCUCACAAGUACAGUGUCGCCGACCUCCAGCAGAUCGCGGACGGGGUGUACGAAGGCUUCCUCAAGGCCCUGAUCGAGUUUGCCUCCCAGCACGUCUACCACUGUGACCUGUGCACCCAGCGCGGCUUCAUUUGCCAGAUCUGCCACCACCACGACAUCAUCUUUCCCUUUGAGUUUGACACCACAGUCAGGUGCGGCGAAUGCAAGACCGUCUUCCACCAGACCUGCCAGGCCGUGGUCAAGAAGGGCUGCCCCCGCUGUGCCCGCCGGCGCAAAUACCAGGAGCAGAACAAUCUCACCUAAUCCCACCUCUUGUCCCCACCCGGGACCCAGGGCUCAACCAUCCCAGCUGGGUUGGCCACCAGCCUGGCCACACUCUCAAGGUGUCACAGAGCCAGGAAGACUCUCAGAUGAGACCAGAGCACUGGCCUACAAGAGGGAGCCCCGGGAGCCCCUGAUGACACCUCCUGCCCCCUAUCCAUCUGCUCCAGGAGGCACGGACACCAGCAGGUGCCCCAUGUCUGACAGUGUGGGAGGAGGGGGCCUUUGCACUAAUUGGCCCAGCUCCCCUCACUGACACCCCAUCCCCAUGAGGGCUGUUCAACACUGUGGAAACAAGACUUGGGGAGCAUUUUCAAUUCCACAUUCCUGAUUAAAAGGUCUAGUUUUUUUUAUGGUGGGUUUUUUCCCCUUCAUAUUUCGACAGAAAAUAUUUUUUUAUUCUUGACCCUCCAUAAGUCACCCAAGAAAUCCAGGCAUUCUCACCCUGAGCAAAUGUGUAGAAACUGCUCAGGCCCAGCCUGGAGGUGGGUGGUGGCUGGGUGGACCCAGGACAGAGCCCACCAGCUGGCGGGUGCCUUUCCUUAGCCCUCACUGGGCGCUUGCUGCUGACAGCUCCUGUACAACGUGCCAAACUGCCGUGGGCCAGGCAGGCUCAGUCCUGAGGACCACGUUCUUUCCCCUCCUCCACCCCCAUCUGCUCCCUAGUCCCCCCUCCACCUGAAAAGCCCUUCAAUUUCUCUGUGUCAGAACCCACCCCCCAUCCCUCCUGCAGCUCUCCUAUAGCCUGGGAUCUUGGUCCCGAAGGAGGAGGGCUAUGACUCGGAACCAGCACUGUCAGCACUUUGAGCCUUCCUUGGUCCAGAGAAGGGUUGUCAUCUAGCCCUCCUCACUCCUACCCCCGACUGACAGCCAGAUGGGCAGGGGGUUGCUGCAGACGCAUUUCAGGAACGCACCCCCGCCUGAUGGACCUGUGGGGACCGAGGUAGGCUGGGUCCACACUGCCCCCCACCAUCCUUCCACGAAGAGUGCCAGCCCUGCUGCAGAGAUGCACAGAGACACGCAGGAGAAGCCACCUGUGGAAGGAUGCUCAGCCAGUUUAUGAAGCCAUGAGUUCACAAAGUUUUGCUGGACUAGCCCAGGAGGGCCGCUGCCAAGAGAUUGGAACAUUUCAUUGGAGCAUGACUGCCUUUGGAAGGGGUCUUCAGGUGGAGCCUGAAAUUGUUUUCAAAGCGAUAUUUAGACCCUGGGGCUUUGGGGGGCAUGAUUUCUCUGUUGCCUCUCCCCUAUUUCUCCUGGACCCAGCAGGCCCCCCUCAGCCCUGGGACCCCCCGACCAUCUUAUCUGUGCUCAGCUGAGAUAGGAGGCCUCAGGUAGAUAUCCACCUGCACUGUCAAAAGACGAACCCACUCCCACCUCUCCCUUGGGGUGAUUCGGCUGCUGAGUCACCUGCCCAGCCCUGUGGAGCUGGAUAAAUUGUGCAAUAGAAUGGAGGAGGUGGUGGGCGGGUCAGGAAAGGGGCUGUCACACAGCUUCUUUGUCCCCAUCACAGAAGAUAGUGCACACCUGUGCUCAGCGUACCAAAGCCUCCUAAACCAGAAAGUGGAUCCUUAGCCCCACCCGCACCCCCAGCCAGCAUUAAUGCUCCACCAGAAACACAGCCUGAUCAGAGCCAUAUUUGGUGGUCCUGGGGUGGGCAGCACUGCCUAAGCCCAGCCCUGUGAGUGUAUUCUGUAUCCCAGAAGAUCCCUAGGUGGCAGUGGGAAUGAGGCCCUGGAGAAGCCCACUUUGGUUCAGCGGGGCCUGGCACACCACACUCCCCACCUUCUCCAAGACCAGUAGCAUUAAAGCUGACUGCCUCCCUCCCACCACCAAAAAGCUGCUGAUGCUUUCAGAUGAGCUGAUUCACCCUCUUCACCUCCAGUGGAAAGCUGGUAUGAACCUCAGUAGUGCCCACACUAUUUUUAAAAUCUCGUUUAAUGCAAUAAACUGUUUCUAGUGCAGGGCCCUGGCCCUGAGAAGUGCUUUGCUAUGUACCGAAGGAACUGCGGCCAUGUGACUUGAGUGAUUUUGCAGUAAAGACCUGCUGUUUCUAA